GUGAAUUGUACCCUACACAACAUUAACUUGACAGAAUAGGAGUACUAAAUGUGGGACUAUUUUGUGAUGGCGGAUGGAUUUUAGUGUGCGCCACACCCUGAACCAAGCCAAGAUGGCUGCUGUGGUGAAAACUAAGAUUUAGUACUGCAAAACGACGGCAUUUUCAGCACUGUUCGCCUCUACUACGAUGUUUACCACAAUGGAUACCACACGAAACUAUUCCUAGAAACUCCAUAGGUAUAGACAGUGGUUCAAGGUUGUCUUUUUUUCCCUCGGCGCGAAGAUUUUGGGUUGAAGCCGCUCGGAAGUUGACGAAGGAACAGACGACUCGAGUGUGUUGUUGAGGGGAAAGAUUUUGGUCUGAGCGAGUCGGGAAAGAAAGAGAGAACUUCAAAAUGAUGAUGGAACAUCUACCGAAUCAGAACACCCAGGCAGACCCUGAGGUUCUCUUCACCAAACUGGAGAGGAUCGGCAAGGGUUCGUUUGGAGAAGUGUUCAAAGGCAUCGACAACAGGACCAAGGAAGUUGUGGCCAUCAAAAUCAUCGACCUGGAGGAGGCUGAAGAUGAGAUAGAGGACAUUCAGCAGGAGAUCACAGUUCUUAGUCAGUGUGAUAGCCCGUAUGUUACCAAGUACUUCGGAUCUUUUCUCAAGGGCACAAAACUGUGGAUCAUAAUGGAGUAUCUGGGCGGAGGAUCAGCAUUAGACUUGAUGAAGGCUGGUACGUUUGAAGAACACUUUAUCGCAACAAUUCUACGUGAGAUCCUGAAGGGGCUGGACUAUCUUCACUCUGAGGGGAAACUUCAUAGAGAUAUCAAAGCUGCCAAUGUGCUCCUGUCGGAGAAUGGAGACGUGAAGCUGGCAGAUUUUGGAGUUGCAGGCCAGCUGACAGACACCCAGAUCAAGAGAAACACGUUUGUAGGAACACCGUUCUGGAUGGCUCCGGAGGUUAUCAAACAGUCUGCCUAUGACUCCAAGGCGGACAUCUGGAGCCUGGGCAUCACAGCAAUAGAACUGGCGAAGGGCGAGCCUCCCAACUCUGACCUGCACCCCAUGAGGGUUCUGUUCCUCAUCCCUAAGAACAACCCGCCACAGCUGGAAGGGAGCUACAGCAAAUCCUUCAAGGACUUUGUGGAGUCCUGCUUGAACAAAGACCCCAAGUUUAGACCUACAGCAAAAGAACUGCUCAAGCACAAGUUCAUCCGCACAGCAAAGAAGACGUCCUUCCUGGUGGAGUUGAUCGAGACGUUUAAGAGAUGGAAGGCAGAAGGACACGGGGACAGCGAUUCUAAUAGCGACGAUGAGUCAAUAGGAGACGAUGAUGAAGAUAAUGAGAACAACGACCCCAACUGGGACUUUGGCACGGUGAAGAGCAGGCCUGGAUCAGUGAAAAACACCCAGCAGAACGGAGAGACCAACUCAGACACUGUCAGGACAGAGACAACCUCUCCUGCCAACCGAGUGCCCAAGUCUAGAAGUCUCCAUGACUUGAUAGUGCCUUUAUUAACUCAGAUAAAAGAAAAACAUCGUCAGAAUGGCGAGGGAGUUUUGGCAAUUGAUGACCUCAGGGAGGCAUUUGCCUUGGCAGAGGAAUCCUGUCCUGGCAUCACCGACACGCUGGUAGACAACGUUGUACAGAGAGUAAGACGGUACAGUGUAUCACACGGCACCUCCGCAGCUUCUCGUCAUUAGGAUCCAAACAGGCUUGCCGUCAUCUAACCUUUCACCUUCACCAAACACCACCCAAACAUCCAUGCCAAGAAGAAUUACUAAGAAGCAGUCUUCUAACACUCCUUAUGUAAUAUAUAUACAUAAAUCUAUCUAUCUAUCUAUAUAUGUAUGCAAGUGACAAAAUUAUCUGUCAGAGUAAUAUGAACAAUUUUUGAGAAGUAGAUCGUCGGAAAAUGCUGUUACAGCUUUGUUGUUUCUACUACAAGGUAACCCAUUGCCAAUUUUUUGUUCUUGGUUAACCUAUAUGUACAUGGCCUACACAAGAAAUACGCUUGUAGAACAUGUCUUUGGCCACACCAAUUUAAUUUCUUGGUUAACAGAUUUUUCUAGACAUA